CGUUCAAAGACAUCGUAAAAUUAAGAUAUUAAAAAAGAUGUGUCCCAAAUAACAACCAAAACAUGGAAGUGUAACAAGUUUUCACAAAUAUUUCACAAGAGAAACAACACACAUAAAUAUAACAAGUUUUCACAAAUAUUUUUCAAGUCCGUAACCGCCAAUUUUUCUGCAAAUUUUCUCUUCUCCCUCUCUACUUUGUUGAAAUGGCACGAGGUCAAAGAAAAAGAUCCCGCACCGGCAAGAAUGUCACCUCUUCCUCGGCUCCUCCACCACCGACGCACAAGUAUCUCGACGGGUCGUUCCUUUGGUUCAACGACCGCGAAGAGGCUGCAAGGUUCUCAGAGAAGUUUGAGCACCGGGAGAUUCUUCCUCCCCGAUUUUCCACCAGCCACUUCAUUCACGGCUCAAUCCCAAGGCAGGCACGGGUCAUCCUCCAAGAAGGACACUUCCUCGACCUCCUCUACAUCAAGAAGAACGACUACCACCCUUUUCUUGUUCGAGCCUUCUACUCGAAUUUGAAAAAGGAUGAGGACGGUUCGUUGACUUCCAACGUUAACGGGGUGGAGAUCUAUUUGAAUGAGGAGAACAUUCAAAUUCUCACCGGGAUUCGUCGGGAAGGACAGGAUCUCGGGCUCUACAUCGGAGAAGAAGGAGCACGGAAGUUCAAUCACACCACUCUCUCCCAAGAGGACACGAAGACGAUCCAUGCGAUGAUUCACAACGCCAAUAUCAAUUGGUGUAAAUUUGUGAUGACUCACAUGUUCAACGCCACCUCCGACAACCGGCCGCUCCCCUAUGCUCUUCUCGUCAUGGAGAUCCUUGAUGAGUUCCACAUCAAGACGGACGUCGGGCCAAAAUGCAAAGGGACGAAGCAUUGGGAGAUUAACGAGUUCUCCUUUCACCUGGGAACCGAUGAAGCUACGUUCCCGCAGUCUCGUCCUCACCGUCAACCGAGAGCCACUGCCUCGACCCCCACCGCUUUGACCAAUCCUUCUCUCACCGAGCAAAUAGCGGCUUUGACCACCACCCUUUCUCGGAUAGACACCAACGUCUCCAAAAUGGCACAUAACGUCAAUAUUCUAAGCCGUAAGCUUCACGGGUAUUUUGACUUUGUCAACUACCCCUACGCUCAAAUGGUCCCUUAUGUUCCUCCGCCAAACCUAGGUGGUGAACCAAGUGGGACUAACGACGUUGGAAGAGAAGAAGCGGUGAAUGAAGAAGAAGAAGAAGAAGAAGAAGACGAAGAAGCUGAUGAUGAUGGUGGUGGUGGUGGUGGUGGUGAUGACGAAGAGGAAGACAUCGACGAAGAACAGCUUCUCGAUGACCUCUCACAGGACUUCUAGAGCUCUAGCUCUUUUUUCCUUCUUUUCUUUAUUUAUUAUGCUUUUUAAAUUUGCUUCCGUUAUGUACUUCUCUAUUUCCCUUAAUUAAUCAAUAAAAAUCUUUAUGGUUUUUGUUAUUAAUUAAUAAAAAUCUUUAUGGUUU